AUGGUGCGUUUUCUUUCCGCCUUUGCUCCCGGUCUUUUUACUGGUGGCCUUGUAAGCGCUGCGUCAAGCGCAGUCGCGUGGGCAAGGCGAUCGUCCGCUUCGGAUGCAGCGGAGUGCGCUUCCCCCAAGUCAACGUUUACACCAGACGAGUUUCACCCAUUCAAACUGCUUUCAUCGCGGUACGAGUCACAUGACACUCGGCGGCUUUACUUUGCUCUUGAGAGCAUCGAGUCGACAUUCUCUGUGCCUGUCGCGUCGUGUAUCGUCGUCAAGCUUACGGACACAAAUGGGAAAGACGUACUGUAUCCCUUCACCCCCAUCACUGCGAACAACACCAAGGGGCACUUUGAGAUUAUCGUCAAGAAGCAACCAAAAGAUAAGAUGAGCGCACUUCUCUUUCAGUUGCAGCCAGGGGAGGAGCUGCUCGUCAAGGGUCCCUUUGAGAAGUUUACCUACAAACCAAACAUGUGGAAGAGUGUAGGCAUGCUAGCUAGCGGAACAGGGAUAGCUCCCAUGUAUCAACUGUUGCAGGCGAUUUUGAUGAACCCAAAGGAUCGGACACAUGUGUCGUUGGUGUACGCAAACGAGCAACGACGUGAUAUUCUGCUGGCGAACGAACUCUCUACUUUGCAGAAGACCUACAAUAAUUUUAAUCUCUACCUCACACUUAUGCAGGUACCACAUCGUUGGUUAGGUGGUAUUGGAGGCAUCAAUGAUGCCAUGAUUCAUACUUUUAUGCCGAAGCCUGACGAAAAGCACACAAAAAUCCUUGUGGCGGGACCACCGUCUAUGCUAGCGGAGCUAGCAGGAGACAAGGUGUUUGCUGAUGGCAAAGCCCCAGAGCAAGGACCACUGCUGGGGCUUCUUAAAAGUUUGGGAUAUACGGAAGAACAAGUGUUCAAGUAUUGA